CUCUGAACUUUAUUCACAACAUUUUCUCAUAAUUAUUGGUAAAUCUAGUAAUAUUUAGUUUGAAAAAGUUUCCAUUAUGUCGAGUGAAACCAUGUUUUCAAGUUUAACGAAGGAACAAAUCGCCCUAGAACAGAGGUUUAACUGUAUUGUGUGUUUAUGUCCAAGAUUACAGAUGGUUUAUGGUUUGUGUCAGCAUCGCGUCUGUGUAUCCUGUCUUUAUAGUGAAAGUGGUGCCAUUAGACUCAGCAUGUUAAAAUGUCCGAUCUGUCAAAAUUCAAAUGUUUUUCCACCUUGGAAACCAGAUAUUUUAGAGGAUACAAUUGAACUACAAAAAUGUCUUGGAAUUCGACAAUGUUCGGGAUGCACUAUGGAACUCUGGGAUUGGGAGAUUGAAAAUCACGAAGAGUAUUGCCAGAAAAAGAAGCAAGUACCCAAAACACCAUCAAAUAACAAAAAAAUAAAAUUCUUAACGCGUAGCGAAAGUGCUCGAAAAAGUCGUUCUUCAACAGACAAGGAUUGUGAUUUAAGUCCAAGGCAAACUCGAAGUCGAAGAGUUGUUGGAAGUAGGAUGUUAGCAAGGUUGCGUUCCUUCAGAAAAUAGUAGAAGAUGUAAUGAUUGUAUUGUGGAAUCACCUAUUUAUUAUUUACUAUCAGUGCUUUCAAAUUAAAGUAGAAGUUGCUUAAGGGCAGGAACCUUAUAUGACCACACCAAAUAUGAAUUCAGUGAAAAAUUGUGAGAUCUAUAAUGAAUUAUAUGGAAAGGAACAUAAAGAUGACAGAAGUUUCUUAUUUUUGUGUUUCUUAAAUGAAGUGUUUUUUUUUUUUUAAAUAUCUAUAUAAAUGUAUUUUUUUCUUUAACAUGUAUUUGUUCAUAUUAGAUUCUAAAGUUUGGUUUCAUCAAUUUUUUUAUAUUUACCCAAUUCACAUGUAACAUUGGAACAAGUUGUUAUUUGUAACUCUUUUGUUUUAAUCACUGAAACUGAUCAAUUUUUGUCUUGUAUAUAAGCUAAUAUUUAAAUUUGUUAUGCAUGGACUAGUCAAGUGAUUUCUGAAUAUAAUUUUCUGUGAAAAAAUACUUGUUGUGAUCCCAGUUAUCUUAAAUACAUAAGUUUGUUUGGAGAAAGAUUAAAUAAUGCAUUGACAGAAUUUAAUUUCAAACUUACCUUUUAGAAAAUAUUAAAGAAAAUAUCUAAAAAAAAAAAAAGGAUUGACUCAUUCAGUGCUAUAGUUGGGAUUGUCAAAUCUCAUCCAGACAGUAAGGAUAAUGUAAAAUUGUAACCAAUGUAGUCUGUGUAUAUGUCUAAUUUGUAUAUAUUGUAUAUUUUGUUCAGAUAUAUUAAAUGUUUGUAAAUAAUAUCGCAAAGAUUUGUACAUUAAACAUAUUUUGUUUGA